CACUGCCCCGGAUGUCGACAUCGGCAAUCUGCGCAUGUGCAGAAGUAAGAUCAGCUCUGCGGUGUUAGGAAAGCGUCUCUUCUCCCACAACUGGAUGGAGGCCUCAACUAACCCCGUGAAUGAUGGCCUUCAACAUUUACCUGGCCUUUCCUUUGCUGUCAGGGAAACCAGUUCUGACAGCCUUCUCCUUGAAUGUCCUUCUCUGGACAUUCCUCGCCUUCGCGGGGAUUUCCCUCGUUGUCAAGGAACCACAUCGCACGUGUGAAGAUGUACAGAUCCUUCAAGGAGUUCCGGGAAGAAGCGCAGUCACUGAAAAAACAUCCUCUUAUCCCCUGUCCCUGUUUGCCUGCCAAGGAAAAAUAACGUACUAUGAGAUCACUCUGGCUAACGAUUCAGCUUUGCCAAAAUGGUUAGAAUAUCGUAUUUCCUCCACAAAUGCACGCGAAGGGAUGCCGUGGACGGACGAGAAGGGCGAAGAAUUUCAUCUGACUGUUGUUGCCCACGGCGAGGCGUGUGAAAUUCCAACCGGAAAGGCAGAUGUUACACUCCACGGUCCAGAUCGUAUUUGCGUCCAUGCGAAGAACAUUAUUUGUUCUGGAGAUUGGCAUGCCAAACAUGUUUCUAUCACCUUCGCUGAGAUCGUACUUCGAACAGAUCACACUCCAGAAAUUAAAGAACAACUCAAUCUGAUUUGCACCAUGGCAGAAUAUCUCCACUUGGAUCCUUCCUCACUCACGCUUAUCCCAGUCGAAAACUCCCUAAAUAAGUAUUUUCAGAAUCUAACCGUAUUGGCUGAAGAUAUCAGAUACAUCAACUCUACAACAAGCCAUCAUGUAGGACUCUGUUGGCCAGUUGGGUUGGGGGUGUUUGCGAUGCUGUCUGAAUUGGUGCGAGUUCUGAGCCACAGUGUCGAGUCGGACAAUCUCUCGCGGCUCCUGGGCUAUGAAAUUGUCGGCUGGAGAGUCCUUAAACAAGGUUAUGAAAAAAGAAACCCCAACAAGUGGCAGAAGAGGAAAAUGGCCACCCCGAAACCUACAUGGAGACCAACCCAAACUCAGAACUUCACCGUUUUGAUAGCUACUGUGCCAGAGACACAUUCAGUUGUGAAAUCCGUAGCAAGUUCAUCACUUGUCAAUAAAACCACUUUCUCUAUUAUCCAUCCUUACGUGGACCUCAGUACACAACCUGUAAUCGUCGAUAUGGAUUUGGAGACCCCUCAGGUCUCCAAAUCUACCAUGUUUCACUAUCUCUCUUCGGAGCUUUCGCCUUCCUUGAUGCUAAGCUCCACAGAAUUUGACGAAAAGGGGACUUUUGAAACCCCACCAAUAUCAGAGCACCUAUCGUACGAAGCAUUGCUAGAUACUUCAACACAAGAGGAUUUGUCCACAACUCAAAAAUGUGAACCGAAGGAUAAUUCCACAUUCUAUUACUUCAGCUUGUUCAUGCCUAGGACCAAAAGUCAGUUCUCAAACUCUGUUCACCACUCAAGGGACAUUUUACCAGAAGAAAUGUCUUCUACAUUAUCAUCUCCAGAACUUUUCUCAGGAGAAUUAAGAAAUCUAAAUGACCAUAGCCCGUUCAUGCAUCGAACAGUGUCUAGAUUUAAAUCUGGAGAUGUCAUUUCUAUAAGCGAACUUUCUCUGCCUUCCAUGGUGACGUUAGCAUAUUUAAGGAUAUCAUCUUCAUCACCAUCUAAACUGUCAUUUUCUAGUGUUGCAAUAUAUCUGCCCUUCUUACAUGACAGCUAUCAGAAUCCAAAAUUACUGAAUGUCUACACUUCUGUCUCAGAGACUUUUAUAACAUUAGCACCAACAAAAGAGAUAGACGCUUCCGAAUUGAUCAAAAGCUCCAUCUCAACCAACAUCCCAUCCAUAGUUGAUGCUAUCGUUGCAAAUGGUGAUUUUAAUCCCAAACCUGGUUCUCCGUCCGAUGGAAGCCCAACUCAAUUAUAUUACUGUAAUAAUGAUCUAACAUCAUCAAAACAUUCCACAGAUACGUUAAAUAACAGUGCUUUCUUCUCCAGUAAAACUCUGCUAAUAUUUAGCCUCCUGUCUAAAUCAAUUAUUAACCCCAUGCUUUUUCCUUCUUUCUCCUUAUCAGUUCCACUGGAAUUGACAUUAUUGUUUGGAUCUAGUAAUAUAUCCCCGAUGGAAAAAUUGCCCGAGAGAAGACAGGUUAGCUCAGACGGAAUAAACACCCGUGAAUCUUUUACAACUAUUCCGUUAACCUACAGAUUUGUUACGACAGGAAACAGUGUUUUAGUAGUUAGGAAAACUGAAACGGACACUUUCCUGCGGAUAAAAGGAACAACUCUGCUUUCUAUCACAACAUCCAGUGCUGUUAUCUUAAGCGGCAGAUUCCUUAGUCAAGGAGAGAGGUCUCAUAGAAAAAGCCAGGCAUUGGAGUUGCUCUCUUAUGGAUCUUCAUGGAUUACUCGCCCUCUAGAACUUGCUAACACCUCCAGUUAUCAUUUUUCUACAAAUCAGUGUGACUCUAUCCACAAUUUAGUUCGGACUCCCGUGUUAGAACCUGUUGCUUUGCAACGGGAUAUAAACAAUUUAAGUUUGGAAAGUUCGUUUGGAACCAAAACAAACGUCCAAAUUACAAGAGAAAUUGUCUCAAAAUUGAAAGAAGCGGACAUUGUUUUCAGCCGCGAAGGAGUAUCCACAGAGAAUGGACUUCACGCCACUACUCUGUACCAGGAAACACAAGGUCAGCCAAACACUCCUCCCAGGGUCAUUCACGCCAUUAAGUGGAUCGCAGCAACUGUCGGACACGAGUUCUCGUUUUCAAUACCGCCAGAGACAUUUUAUGACCAAGAAGACGGGAAUUCAACUCAGCUGAACCUCGGAAUGAACUCGGUCGACGGCUGCCCGACAGAUCCGGAAAGCUGGUUACAAUUUAAUGCCAGGGAUCAAACUAUGUCUGGUUAUCCACUUGAUCCCGAUUUCCAGUAUUCCCCUCAAGCGUUUUUACUCUUUGCCAUAGAUUCGGGAGGAUUAAAGACCGAAGAUAAAUUUGUCGUAGAAAUAUUCAAACCAACUAUUAUCCCGUGCCACGUUUAUACGGUAAUCGCAACCAAUAGCUACCACUCAUUCCUGAAAAACAGAAGUAGGAUUCACUUCUUUUUAAAGAAACUUUCCGAUUAUUUGUUGGCGGAGAGUCCCGGGGAUGUGGUCCUGCUUCAUCUCAAAAGUGGAUCCGCCGUGUUCAUGUGGUACAACAAAUCAUUUUGCUCAAAGACUGAGAACUGUGCAAGAGAUGACAUCCAGGAGGUGCUCACCAAACUAGGAAGGCCUGGAGAAGACGUCCAUCCAGAUUUCGCGGAGGCCAUGUUGCCAGAAUUCACAAUUGAACAAAUCGGAGAGGUGGGAUACGCUGGGAUUUGCUUGUCCACGACCAAACCAACAAACGAGUCUGUAGUGUUCAACAGGACUCUCACUGGGUUUAAAGGCAGCAACUGUUGGAUAACAAACGCACUCUUGGCCUUGUUAAUUGUUGUGUGUUCCACAACUCUAGCGUUCCUCAUAGUUGUCCAUUGUCAGAAGUAUCGCAAGAAAACAUUUCAACCGCAGUGUCCACCUACCUGUGGCCGCGUCGACUUCAAGAUGGACAUGCAGACUUCGCGCAAAUCUCCUCUACUGGAAGAGGAUGUUCCUCCAUCGACUCGGUUACCCGUGUCAAUGGUUUCUCAACAGUGUUCCUUCAGAGCAAAUCAAGGUCUGGUUAUCUCAAGGCUUCCACCUCCUCCAAAGUAUAGACUUCCGCCAUUGUAUGGAAGAAGGGAUCCCGGAUGAUCCUACUCGCUUCUUCCAAUGCAAGUCUAUUCUCAUUUAUUUAUUAAAUUUAUAUGCUGCUCUAUCCUGCGAUCCAAAGCGAGCCUAUGUACAACUCUAUCUGAAAUCUGCAAUUCAUUUAUUCUUUUUAUACCUUCUAGCCCAGG